AUGGCCUCCUCUCAGGCUCAACAUCGCUGUGUCUUCGUUGGGAAUAUACCAUAUGAUGCAACGGAAGAACAACUUAUUGAAAUCUGCCAGGAAGUUGGUCCCGUUAUUUCAUUCAGAUUAGUCAUUGAUAGAGAAACUGGGAAACCUAAAGGUUAUGGAUUUUGUGAGUAUAAGGAUGAAGAGACGGCUUUAAGUGCUCGUAGGAAUCUUCAAGGCUAUGAUAUUAAUGGGCGUCAAUUACGUGUUGAUUUUGCCGAAAACGAUAAAGGGAACGAUAGAAAUAAAGAUCAGGGUCGUGGAGGACCAGGAAUGACGCCAAUUGUUGACCCUCAGAAACAAGUAGGCAUCCCAGCUGUCCAAGGGGAAUCUGCGCAAGCAGCUCAACAUCAACCUAUUGGUCUUCAUUUUGCCGUAACAGUUGCAGCUGUCAUGACUGCAGCUCUUGGUGGUGCUCAGACUGGCACCCAAUCAAAUCAAAGCGGUUUGCAAAAUCAGUCAGCAUUGACAAAUGAUGCUUUAACUUUGCAUCUGUCCAAAAUGUCCAGGAGCCAGCUGACUGAGAUGAUCUCCGAGGUUAAGGGAAUGGCUAUACACAACAAGGAGUUGUCCCGUCAGUUGUUGCUUUCAAGGCCACGGUUGCCUAAGGCUCUUUUCCAGGCUCAGAUAAUGCUAGGAAUGGUCACCCCCUUAAUGCUACAAAUGGAAAAUCUUAGACAAGGUUCAGAUCAAACCUCACAGUUAAUAAAUGAAGGCCACAUUGGUCAGACUCCGCAAACAUUAGCUCAAACUGUGGUUGGUCUACCUCCAUAUGGACAGAGCAAAUUGCAGUUUGGCUUGACACCUUACUUACAAGAAGGCCAAGCCAACCCUCUACCUCAUAACCCUUUGGCUCCUAAAUCAAUCAACCGCAAAUCCAAGGCCUAUGCUGCAGCCUAG